AUGACAAAUACUUCAUUUCUAAACGUGAACUCUGCCGAACGUCAGGAAUGGAACAAGGAUAGCAAAUCUGGCGUAAUAGCAGCCAACGAGCAGAUGUGUCAUACGUUUCAGUCGUUGCAGUUGUUUAGACAGAAAGCGCAAUUUACGGAUGUCAUUUUAUGUGUUGGCGAAGAGGAACUGCCUUGUCACAAAGUUGUUUUGGCCGCUGGUUCACAAUAUUUCCAUGCUAUGUUUUCUUCACCUUACAAAGAGCAACAAACAUCCCAUGUCACUUUGGAUCAUGUCUCACCAUGGGCACUGCGACGUCUGUUAGAUUUCGCCUAUCUUGGAGUUCUAGAGUUGUCCGUAACCACUGUUCAGGACGUUUUCAACGCUGCUAGUCUGCUAGACUACCCAGUUGCCAUGAAGGCUUGUGUUCGGUUUAUGGAGCAACACUUGGACAUAUCCAAUUGCCUGGGUGUCGAAGCACUAGCUGAGCUACACGGACUGACUGGUUUGGGCAAAGCUGCACGGAAGCUAGCUGUGGAAAAUUUUGCCACGUGA